AUGAGGUAUCCUAUUCCAGCAUGCAAGAUAACAAGACAUUUACAAUCUCUAUUUACAAACUACUUAGCCAAACGUGGGGAUACGAUACUAAACUGUAUCGAAAGCAAAAAUCUAUCGAAUCAAGCCAGGAUCAUCGAGUCUCCACAGCCUUUUCUUCAAACACUUCCUUCACGUAAAGUAUCACUGAAACGGACCAUGGAAAGAUUAGCUAGUUCUCGUCGCACCGUCAACCGUUACCUUUUCACUGCCACUGCCGAUGUUAUAGCUAAUCACAUCACAAAUUAA